UCGUUGCCAAAGGGGCGAUCCAUGUAGCUGGAUUCGAUUCUUUUCUUACUCUGUAUGAGGGAGGGAAAGUUUCCUGAAUCGGAGAAAUGGACGGGUCUUUCUUCGAUCUUGUGGAAUUUUUGAAAAAACCCUCGAUAAUCGAGACACUUGUUGACAUCUUGCUAUGUGCAGUUCCGAUUUGGUUUGCUGUGAUGAUCGGUUUGGUUAUCGGUUGGUCGUGGCGGCCUCGAUGGACUGGUAUCGUUUUCCUCGGUUUUCCGAGUAAGUUUCGGUUCCUCUGGACGGCUCCGCCGGGCUUUGGUGCUCGUCGGCUCUGGUUGGCAUUCACAGCACUAUCUGCGUUCUCCAUUUGCCGCACGAUUUGGUCGAAUUUUAAAGGAAAUGGCAAAGGUCAAGCUGAGUCGCCCUCGCAAUCAGGGAAUGUGGCGGCGGCCAUAUCCAAGACGGAGGAGGAAAGCAGUGAGGUUGCUGGGCCUGGUGUUAAAAUUGGAGAGAAGGAGCAGGAUGUUGUCAAUCAGAAUGAUUUGGAACAUCUCCUUUUUCUUCUUGAAGGGAAGAAUGGAAUGAUGAACUGGCAAAGUUUGAUGCAGAUUUCAACCCCAAAUAUGUCAUACCAAGUUUGGCGUCACGAACCUCAGACAGGUCCUCUAGUUUACCAGAGUAAAACGGUCUUUGAAGAUGCAGCUCCAGAGUUGGUAAGGGAUUUCUUCUGGGAUGAUGAGUUUCGCCUUAAAUGGGAUACUAUGCUUGCAUACUGCAAAGUACUGGAGGAGUGCCCCCAUAAUGGGAUCGUGAUUUCCCAUUGGAUAAAAAAGUUUCCAUUCUUCUGCAGUGACCGAGAAUAUAUAAUUGCUCGAAGAAUAUGGGAGUCUGGGAAUACUUUCUAUUGUGUUACAAAGGGGGUCCCAUAUCCAAGUUUACCCAAACGUGACAAGCCCAGACGAGUAGAGCACUAUUUUUCUAGUUGGGUCAUUAGACCUGUUGAAUCGCGCAAAGGAGAUGGUCAGUUGUCCGCGUGCGAGGUAACCCUUUUACACUAUGAAGACAUGGGGAUUCCAAAAGAUGUGGAGAAGUUAGGAGCCCGCCAUAUCAUGUCUGGAGUUGUCAAGAAACUGCACUCUGGAUUGAGAGCUUAUCAGAAUAUUCGGAAAACCGAGACUUCUCUGUCAAGAUGUGCAAUGACGGCAAGGAUAACCACAAAGCUUUCUUCUGUGAAAAACUUGGAUUCUUUAGGACCUGCAAAUAAAGAGGAAGAGAAAAGUGAAGUCAUGAUCAGAGAUGCAAAACAAAAGGAUCAUGGCAUAGACUGGAAAUGGAUGGUUAUAGGAGGGACUGCCGCUCUGGUUUUGGGUAUUCAUGGUGGAGCAAUAGGAAAAGGAUUAUUAGUAGGAGCAGGGCACAGACUUGCAAGGAGACGAGUGGCAUAGAAUGUGGCCAAAGGAAAGUUUUAUUUGUUAUCUUCAUUUUGAAGAUCUAGUGUGUCUCACUUCACCUCAAUAUUCAUCAUUAUCAAAUGAUGAUGAUCAGGUGGUAAAUUGCUCAUGUACACAACUACAAUUUCUUGGGUAUAAACAAUUCAGGUGAAAUCUGUUAGGGAAUGAGGUUAAAGUGGAGUUAUGAGUCAUGAAAAAGUUGUUAGAAAUUACAGAAACUAGAUGAUGGGCAUUGCAUGGAGCCUUAUAUAACAAAGUCAUGUUAUAAACUAGAUGAGGGAUUGCAAAAAGUAUGUAACAAGUCACAUUAUUUAUAGAUUAUAUAACUUGUGCCACUUCUUAUCUGUA